AAUAUUACACUUUGCCACUCCCCCUCCCCCUCCCCCUCCAUUUCCUUUUUCUUUUUCCUUCCAUUCCAUGCAAUCCAAGCAAAACUAAGUAAUUGGAAAUCAUGUCCAACAUCAUAAGCAUUUUCCGUUAUCUCUUAUAAAAUGAAAAAAAUGGUUUUUCCGAUUUUCUUAUCAAAAUAAGAUAAAAUUUUAAUAAUACCGUGGACGGCAGGAUUCGAACCUGCGCGGGCAGAGCCCACAUGAUUUCUAGUCAUGCCCGAUAACCACUCCGGCACGUCCACAACGGUGGCCUUCCGUUUUACUAAAGAAAAUAUAUCUGUAAAAAACAAAAAAAAAACCCAUGAAUCUCGCGGUUAUUGAAAAUUCUGAGACUUCUUUUUAAAAUGAAUAUCACAGCAAAGCAAAGCCACAACCCAGUUUCUAAAGCACGCUUCCCUUUUUGUUGCAAACAGAAGAGAAACAGCUUACUUGCAUGGUAUCAAAACAUCAAACAUAAUUGCACCAAAUCGAACACAAUUUAUUAUGGUUAUUGAAGUGGUGUUUUAACAUGUCUGAUUCAAAGACAAGCCAAAGUGGUGGUGUUGGAAAGACCCAGGCUGGAAAUCUUCCAUCAUGGACGAGUUCAAGAGAGAAUGAGAAUGAAUGCCACGGAAACAAGUCAAAUUAUGCUAAAGGACGUGGUCAAGGACAAGGCCCUAGUUCUAGCAACAAAAAUUUUUCCAAACUUAUGGAAGGGGUGGUCUUUGUAUUGUCAGGAUUUGUUAAUCCGGAGCGCAGUACAUUGCGUUCCCAGGCUUUGGCUAUGGGAGCAGAAUACGAGCCUGACUGGAAUUCAAAUUGCACCCUCUUGGUAUGUGCUUUUCAAAAUACUCCAAAGUUUCGACAAGUUGAAGCAGAUUGUGGAACAAUUGUAUCAAAGGAAUGGAUAUUAGAAUGUUAUGCACAGAAAAAGCUUGUCGAUAUUGAUCCUUACCUCAUGCAUGCUGGGAAACCUUGGCGAAGAAGUAGCAUUCCUUAUGAAACUAGUGAAGAACAACAAAGAUUAUCAUCAACAAAAUCUUACAAGCAAGUCAAAGAAACACAAUCAAAGACAACUUCUGUUCCCUCCAAGAAUAAAGCUUCUCAUUCCGAUAAAGAGAGCUUUUCUCCUUCUGAGGUGAAGAAGUGGGUUAUUGAUGAUUUCCAUGGAACUAUUUCAUGGCUGGAGAGUCAAGAGGAAAAGCCAGAACCACAUGAGAUAAAGCAAAUAGCUGGUGAAGGCAUCUUAACUUGUUUGCAAGAUGCCAUAGAUUGUCUUGCACAAAAGCAGGAUGUGCGGCAAAUCACUGAGGAGUGGAGCUUUGUACCUCGUGUGGUCAAGGAGCUUGCCAUCUUUGAUGGUAGUGAGCAUGGCUCACUCACCAAGGAAGAUCUUUUGAGAAAGGCCAAGGUCUGCAAACAAAUAUACAAGGAUGAACUAAGCUGGUUAGAUAGCGAGUGCUCAUCAAAAAAUAAAAAGCCAAAGACUGAUGGAGGUGGAGAGGGCAACAAGGAGGGAACCAAAGCCCGGGAUACAGCAGGAUAUGACAGCGAUGAAACAAUUGAGAUGACAGAGGAAGAGAUAGACCUUGCAUACAAGAAUUUUGCAUCUGAAACUUUGUAAAUGCCGUUUGUGUCAAUGGACUGAAAUACUGGUUUUAUGAUUGGCUUGUUUAAGGCAUAUGCAUUACAGGUAUAACAACAUUGCUCAUGAGAGAGAGAGAGAGAGAGACUGUUGCUAUUGCUCUCUGAGCUUGCAUAUAUAUGCUUGCUUCUCCUUUCCUAAUUAUCCACAUUUUGGAGUCAAAAUGUUCUGGACUAUCGGAUGUAUGCUUUCCCACUUUACAACUAACUCAGGCAAUCGAGAUUUUGUAUUAUUUAUUUUGUAUUACAUUGAACCACGAAUUCCCUACCAUGUCCAUGAACAGACCGUCAAAUGCUUGAUGAAGAAUUUCUUUUGAACAGAAAAAUAAGAACAUCUUUUCCACUCCAUUACCUAUUUUUUUAAUGCAUAAGAAUUGGACUCAUUGGAUUGCAGGUGUCAAGACAGUGCACAUCCAGCGCUACAGUGCCGCCCAUUGGGCUCGAUAAAGACAUUUCCAAAGGCAACAUAAGAAAAACCUCAAAUCUCGAGUGCCACUA